UUCCCUCCUCCUCCCCGGCCCUGCUCGCUUCCUUCCCCCGCGCCGCGCUCCGGGGAGGAGGCAGGAAGGGAGGCGGCGGGGAUGGAGCAGCUCCCCGCCGGGAUGCGUUAGCUCCCCGGGACACCCCUGCUCCCCGCCGGGACGCGGUAAAGCUGAUACUCCUGAGCAUCUCUCUGCAAUGGCCUCAGGGAACGACGGUGACCCACCAAGGGCCCACGGACGCCGGGGAAGCAAUGGGCGCAGGCUGUCGCAAGAGCCCAACUCAGAAGACCAGGUGGUGGAGGAGACAGAAGAGGUGUUUCGGAGCUAUGCCUUCUACCGCUACCAACAGGAGAGAGAGGAGAGAGGGGACGAAGUGCCCAUGGACCCAGAGAUAGUGGAGAUUGAGCAGCAUCUGGGCAGCAGCACUGGGAGCCGGGUGGGAAGGCGCCUGGCCAUCAUCGGUGAUGACAUUAACGAGCGGUACGACGCCGAGUUUCGCUACAUGCUGAAAUCCUUGCAGCCCACCAAGGAGAACGCCUAUGAGUACUUCACCAAAAUAGCCUCCAGCUUGUUCGAGAGCGGCAUUAACUGGGGCCGGGUGAUUGCACUGCUGGGCUUUGGCUACCGCAUGGCCAUCUACGUCUACCAGCACGGCAUCCCGGGUUUCCUCCGCCGCAUCGCUCGCUACGUCGCCGAGUUCAUGCUCCGGAACCGCAUCGCCCAGUGGAUCGCCCAGCAGGGAGGAUGGGUGAGCCAGCGGGAGCGCGGGGCCAUCCCGGGGGGAUUUGGGGGUGAGGGGAGGCAGAUGUGCUCCAACCAGUGGAAGGUGCAGCCUGGGGACAAUGGCACUGCUGAGGCUGGUGGGGCCACCCAGCUGCAGGCAGAGCAGCAGCCCGGCCCAGGCAGAUCUAACGUGCUCUGGUUAUUCUCUGUUUCCCGUUAGGUGGCUGCACUCGAUCUGGACAAUGUUUACAUGAAGUACAUGCUGGUGGUGGUGGUCCUGGUCAUGGUUGGGCAUUUAGUGGUACGACGCUUCUUCAGGCCCUGACUGACAUGGGGGCAGAGGCUGGGGGGGUCCGGCCAAGCUCUCUCUCAAAUCUCUGCUGUGCAUUGACGUCUCCCAAGAGAGGGGGGAUUCAAGGAACCUCCGAGAGAGAGAGCAGCUUGGACCUGUGACCCUCCCGCUACGGAGGUACCACUCUGCCGUCUAUGGAGACACCACCAGGGGCUAUGGAGAGAAGCAGUUGGGGGUGGGAGGGGUUGGAAGGUUCAACUUUGCCUGUUUUAUGCCUUGCUUAGCUGCUGAGGACAGACGCUGCUGUGACAGCCCUGGCAUGCAGCAGUGAGGCAGGAGAACAGGCUCCUCUGGAGUCAAGAGUCUGGAGGAACAAAUGCGUUGUUGUAAUAACGCGUGUGCGUGUGUGUGUGUGUGUGUGUCUUGUCCCUCCCUGGGGCAAGUGCAGAGCUCCCCAUUUGCUAACGGCUCUAGCCCAGGCCGUGCCUGCGUUUGAGGGAGGGAUUGCAGCCUUGGUUGCUGCGAUUGUUUGUAAGUCACUGAGGGGACAAGCCAGCGUCAGAAAGCCCAUGUGGGGCUUGCUUUCACCUCCCCUCUGCUCCUGAGCCUUCUCUUCCCUUUUAACAAGCAUCCUUACUCCUUUUGAAAGAAACAUGCUGACUAUCUGUCACCUGGCCGUGGAUGGUGACACCUGGCAGCGCUGGCGGGCGGCUUUUCCCUGCCGCAGCCCAAACCUGGGGACCUGCAGCUCUCCCGGGGCUGAUGCGGGUGCUGGGGUGCAGCCUCACAGCCCUCCGUCAGCUCAAAGCCUGCGUGCCGGCAGACCUCGGGAGCACCAGCAGCUUUCCAAACAAUAAAAAGCUGUGGGGCGAGCAGAGGUCGGCGUGGGCAGCCUGCCUGCCCUCUCCCCGGUUUUGCUGGGGCUUCCGUUGAUCAGACUUGGAUGCUGGCAAAGGAGCAGCCCAGGUGAGACCAGUUGGUCUCCCUUGCUCUCAGUGGCAGGCACUGGAGUUGCAUCCCAUCCCUGCAACAGCCCUUUGCCUCCUGGGCUCAGCUGGGCAGGAUGGUGCCCUGGAGAAGCCCAGGGCUGCAGUGGUUUAGAGCUGCCGGGACAGCAGGGGACAAACUCUUCUGGGCACGGUGUCUUUGGGAAGUGACUUCACCUUGUUCCGUUCAUGACUUGAGCAUGAUCGUGGGGGAGGGAGGGAGGGAGGGAGGGAAGCAGGCUGCACUCUCCCAUCCCCAAUCUUUCUGACUUUUGCAAAACAGGGGGAGAGUCCCAGCGUGGACCGCAGGGUUUAGCUUUUUACUCCAGGUCACUCUGUAAGGCUUGAAACUGUGACUGGCCCUGUCUGAGCCAAACUCACCCUACUCCAGCAUCACCCGUCUCAGGUCAGCCAGCUCAGGGAGGGAGCCAGAGGGACCUCGGAGGUUGGGAAUGAGUGGUGGUCCUAUGUCUGGGCUCCUCUCCUAACACAGAGAGAGCCCUUCUGGGCUGGAGCCUGGGACAAUGGGAACAGCAAGAAGCUGAGCCCUCCUGCCCCCUGGGGUCCUUCCACCAUGGCUGGAGCAGGGAACUCCCCUGGUAUUGGGCUGGGUGACAACUGACAGUGCUCUGACUCGUCUCUGUGGGACGGGGAUCGCUAAAGCGGGGCAGAGCCCAGCUCGCCCGCAGCCCUGCCUGGUGUCACCCCCUGCAGCCACCACCGGCACAGCCCCCGGAGGGUCAGAGGUCUUGAGAGCAGCCCAUCUGCCCCUCUGCGACAAAGGCAUUCCCCACAGCCAUCUGCCUAACCUGUUUUUAAAAUCCUCCAGUGUUGCCUCCCCCUAUCACCGAUUCCUAGCUUAAUUUUACCUUCGUAGAGACUUGUUCCCCUCAGUGCCUAUCCCUUGCUGCAGUUUAAGCUCGAUACUACACGUCCUGUCCCAGCUCAGAGACAGGACACCUUACAUCCUUUCUCCUUGCAGCUGCAGAGGCUUAGCAGGACCAGCCGUAAUUUUUAUAACACUUGUGUCCCUCCUGUUCCUGCGUCUCCUAACAUAAUAGCAAACCUUUCAGCUUAUUUCCACAGCAGGGUCUUCCUGUGCUUAUCAUUUUGACCCUGACUGUUGCUGCAGUAUCCCUUUCCCUGGUGGAGUGCCCUGGGCUGUGCUUAAUAGAAAAGCAUUAAAAUAUUUGCUGUAAUAUUCCUCUUCUAUAUAGCUCUGGUUUGGUUGCUUUACUUGUUUUAUCUGUGCCAAGGGGCACAAAGUGCCAGGUGUUGUGGCCGUGCUGACUCUUUGAGCAGCUGAAUGCCCACCUGAGGUCAUUUGUCCCCUUACAGGUGUAUUUCUUUGCAUUUAUCCACACGCAACUUCACUUACCAUCGUGCCGCCUGUUCGCUGUCUUGACAUCUCAAGACUCUUCUCCCAUGUGAACCAGUCUAACCAAUUUAGUAACGUCCGCAGUUUCCCAGCCCCAUGCCUUACCUUCUUUUCUGGGUGAAAACACCACCAGAUGGAGCCUUUUUGCCACGACGAAAAUGAACUACUCAUUGUUCUUUUCCUUUUCUCUUAAUCGGCCACAUUAUUGACACGUCACUCUCCUCUAGGCUCGUUGUCUGGCUUGCUCGUGUCUCCAGCAGGACUUUUUCCAGAGGGCCAUGGAAAGAAAACAGUACAUCAGCUUUUAUCCACUACUUCACCAACACACUCCAAGAACUCUAACCGAUUAGAGAGAACUUUUGCUUGUAGAAAAAGCCAUGCUGCUCGUAAUUUAUUCUCAUCUUCCAGACGAGGUGUUUCACCUUGCAAACCAAAUUCAGCUGUAAGGCCAGCAGACUUUAACUAAAGAACAUUUUUCAGCUUUACGGUAGACGAUCAAGCCUUAGUAAAAUCUGUGAUACCAGGACAGAGAAGGGAACUUUUAAAAUAGGUGCUGUAGCAAAGGAAAGUUUCCAUUUUGUCUGUUUUCUCAGGGGAUUCGCGGGAAGGAUUGUCUCAGGAUAUGGUCUCGCUCUGCUCUGGCCUCUCUCAGCCUUCCUGGUACUGGUUUCUACGUGGAAAAAAGCUUGAACUGGGAGGGCGAAUGGGUGACUGGUCUGUAGUACUGUGUCCUGUCACUGGAUGGCAACAGCCUUGCAGGCACAGCCACCGGGGCGCUGGCUCCGGGGGCAGAGAGGGGCUGAGCACCCACGGAAGGGGAAAAGCCACCUCUUUGUCCAGGCGACCUCGGUAUCCAUCAGCCAUGGUCUGCACACCCAGAGCUGCGGGCGCUCUGCCCCACAGCAAAGGCUUGGUCACUGGUUUGUACUGGACUGCUGUUGGGGAAAGCGCGAGUGCUUUUGUGGGGGCAGGAGCAGGCUACAGCAGGGCUGGGUUUGCUCGGAGCAGACCAAGGUGAGGCGGGUUGUCCCUCCCCAGGAGCUGAUGCUCUUCGUAGGGUUGGUGGCCCCUCUCUGGAGAGCCACGGCGGGUAUCUACCUCGAAGCCCCACUCGGCAGAGUUUGGGCAGGGGGCCUGGACAUGGUACCACCGGCCACCUCGACUAUAUGCAGAAGGCUUUUGCUCUGGGACUGGCAGUGCCAGGAGCCUUUUUUUUUUUUUUUUUUAAAAAAAAAAAGUACCUCUCUGCUCUAGAAAGUAAGAGCUCUAGAGAAAA